AGUAUGUGAAUAUCCUGUUAGUAAUGUGUCUCUGUCUGUGUCAGGUUUCUGGGCGGAUCGCACCGCCCUGCAUGAAGCGGCGUCCCACGGCAGAGCCCUGCAGCUCAAACAGCUGAUCGAAAGUGGAGCAUCGGUCAACAUGGUGACGGUGGACAACAUCACUCCGCUCCAUGAAGCGUGCAUACAGGCUCAUCCAAACUGUGCCCGGCUGCUGCUGGAGGCCGGAGCCCAGGUGGAUGUACGGACCAUCCAUGGCAGCACUCCUCUGUGUCACGCCUGUGCUUCUGGCAGCCUGGAGUGUGCAACGCUGCUUUUGGAGUACGGAGCCAAAGUGAACCCGUCCCUCACAGCUCUCACCGCCUCGCCGCUCCACGAGGCCUGUAUACGAGGUAGUGUUGACGUGGUGAGGCUGAUGAUCGCCAGCGGUGCCCAGCUGGAGGCUAAUGAUGUCCACUUUGGUCCCCCGCUCCACAUCGCCUGUGCUAAAGGACACAUAGACUGUGUCAAGGAGCUGCUCAGUGCAGGUCAGCAA